AUAUGAACUGAUUUUACGCGGUGUUUUCGAAACAAAACUUCCUCAGGUAACAUUAAGCCCUGAUAUUCCCAUAUUUAAAAACUUUAAAAAAAAUUGGAAUAAUAUUGAUGUUUCUAAUACGAUCUGUGGAAUAGAUGACGUUGAAUGUUGCUCUGCACUUGAAAAUUAUCGAAAUAAUAUUCUCCAGUUUUCUAGGGCAAUGUUGCGAAUCGGAUGUUUUAGAGAUGAUUAUAAAGAAUUGCUCGAGCUAUCUAUAAUUUUUUUAAAUGGUGACUCAGAUAAAAAAUUAAAAUACACCCUCCUGGAGCCAUGCACCAAGCUCGUUGGAUGAGUAGAGCAAUAUAUUGCUUUAAGAUUUAUUUAUACCGAAAACAGUAUUUACUAAAAACUUUUGAAAUAAAUGCUAUUCGAGAUAUAUGUAUUUUUAUUAUUCGAUUUUAUUUAAAAGCCUGGUUUAACUGUACUGAACCGUCCAAAACUCCGAAUAACGACUUAAAUUUUAUCAAAGAAUUAAAGUUAUAUGAAAAAGAACAACCGUUAAUUGCGAAAGCAGCGUUAAACAAAAUUUGUAAUCAUUUAUGGUACUUAACAGAGGAAACAGCUGCUUUAACAUUUUUUGACGAUACCAUUUCAACCGAAAUAAAAAAAUUAAUGGUUGUACCCCUUAAUAAUGAGUCAAUAAUAAACCCUAGCAAACGUUUUAUUCUUUCAUCGAGUGAUAUAGACAAAUCAUUUUCAGAAAAAACUGUAGCUUCUUUUUUGUCAAAAAGCAGUAUGAAAUUUUUUGAAAGAUUCGAUAUCAAUACUAAUUUUUUAAAAUUGGAUCCAAGUAAUUGGAAUACUGAUGAUUUUUAUUUACACGGAAAAGAAAUUGUAUGUUCACUUAAAGUAGUAAAUGACUCUGCAGAGAGAGCGGUUAAGCUAAUGGAAGAUUUUCAUGGAAGUUUAACUGUAAACGAUGAAAAAGCUUAGUUACUUUUACGCUGUGUCCAAGAACACAGAAAAUUAUAUCCUAAUUGCAACAAAGAAACAUUAAAACAUAGUUUUUAAUGUAUAUUUUUGUUAUAAUUUGUGAAUUAUAUUGAAUUUAACAUUUUGUAUUUUAUGUAGUAAUUUUUUUUUUUAUUUAUACAAUAAUAUUGAGAAGUAAGUAUAAUUAUGCGUUUAAGUCAAACAAAUACAUCAAUUUACAAUUGAAUAUACAAUAUAAAUGAAAUAUAUUUAAA